CUCACCAUAUCAGCUUUCUUCCGUCACUAGAAGGGUGUCUUUUUUUUCUGCAAUAUGUCUUACAGAUCAUUCAAACAGUCCACUAAGUCAGUCCAGCAUAGCUCAGGAGGAUAUGGAGGCAGUCAAGUUGGAGGCGGCUAUUCUUGUGGUGUAGGGGCUGGAGCUGGCUAUGGUGGUGACUUUGGUUAUGUUGGUGGUGCUGGAGGUUAUGCCGGUGGAUUUGGUGCCGAUGGUUUCGGUGUAGGCGGUGGCUAUGGUGGUGCCUUUGGUGGUGCCUAUGGUGGUGCCUAUGGUGGUGGUGCCUUCGGCGGCAGUGGAGGUGGACAGGUGGGCGUCUUUUCGAUUAAUGAGAAGCAAACCAUGCAGAAUCUUAAUGAUCGCUUGGCUUCAUACCUGGACAAGGUCCAUGAACUGGAGGGAAAAAAUGCCGAGCUGGAACGGAAAAUUAAAGAUUGGUAUGAAAAACAUGGGCCAGCACCUCCUGAGGCACCAAGGGACUACAGCAAAUAUUUUAAAGAGAUUGAGGCCCUAAAAGCACAGAUCAUUGCGGCAUCAAAACAAAACGCAGUGAUUUUGUUGCAGUGCGACAAUGCUCGCCUUGCUGCCGAUGACUUCAAACAGAAAUUUGAGAAUGAGCAGGCCAUUCGCUAUUCAGUGGAGGCCGAUAUCAAUGGUCUGCGUAGGGUCAUGGAUGAUCUUACCCUGUCCAGGGCUGAGCUGGAGGGUCAGCUCGAGAGUCUCACUGAGGAACUGGCCUAUCUCAAGAAGAAUCACGAUGACGAAGUUAGAUCCAUCAAAGUAACCGAAGCUGGCAAAGUUAGUGUUGAGAUGAAUGCUGCCCCCAGUAACGACCUGACCAAAAGGCUGAACGACAUGAGAGCUCAGUAUGAAGACCUGGCUAGGAAUAACCGCCAAGAAGCCGAAAACAAUUUCAAUAGAAUUAGUGCGGACCUGAAAAACCAAAUGCAUCACGUACAGAUUACAAUGGAUGAAAGCAGGACUGAAGUUACCAACCUUAAAAAAACACUCCAAUCCCUGCAAAUUGAGCUUCAGUCACAGCUUGCCCAGAAAAACUCCCUGGAAAUACUAUUAGCAGAGACCGAGGCAAGAUUCUGCAUGAAACUGUCACAUCUACAGGAGACCAUUGCCUGUGUAGAGCAGCGUUUGGAGCAGCUCAGAGCCGAGUCCGAGUGCCAGAGAACCGAAUACCAACAGCUCUUGGAAAUGAAGACCAAGCUGGAGGGUGAGAUUGCAACAUAUCGAUCCCUUCUGGAUAAACUAGGGUCCAUACAAGUCACUCAAGGACACGGCCAGGGGCAAGUAAUAGGACAAGGACAAGUACAAGGACAAGGACAAGGACAGGGACAAAACAGAGGUUCUUGGAACUGAGAAGCAAAUCUGUACAAGCCUUGGGCUGAAAAGUUACAACAUCCGUGGUGGUUGUGGUGGAAGCAGAAGAGAAGAAAACCCCAAGAUAAAUGCAGUUUUAGCCCAAAAAUAACAUAAUGUUUCCGAACACAGAACACGGCAUGGUUAAUAUUUCUCUUUUUUGUGGGACUGCUUUAGACUGGGGACUAAGCGCAGCACUUGCUGUUUCUUGUUAUUUUCUUUCUCUUUGCAUACUUUUCUCAAUAAACUCUUUUCUGAAGCAAGUUA